AUGACUCAGACAGAAAUGCGAGACUCUGUUAUAUUACACGUGAUGCCAUUCCCAAGAGAAGAAUCGCAUUAUACUCGUAAUAAAAACAAUAAAGAAUUUCUUAGCCCAGAUCUUAAUAUAUCGAGAUUGCAUAAGGCAUAUAAAAUUCAGAACCCUGAUUCAAAUGUUUCACUUCAAUUUUAUCGCCGUACAUUUCUAAAGUAUUUUCCAACCUUAUCUUUCCGGCGACCGCGAACAGAUACUUGUAUGACGUGCGACCGGUUGCACAUGAUAGGAAAGGAUAUAAGGAUUGUUGGUUUAAAUGCUAUUAAAGAGAAAGAAUUACAUCUGCGAAAAGCGGAUAAAGCGAAAACCAUGAUGUAUUAUAAUAUGAAAGACGCUCAAGAGCCUAAUAGCGAUAUGUUAGUACUUUGUAUGGAUUUAGAAAAGGUUCUGUUUGUACCUAGAUUAACGCACUGCCAGAUGUAUUAUAGCCGACAACUUUCAGUGUACAAUCUGUAUUUACACGUCGGUGAUACAAGAAAAAGCUAUAUGUGUGUUCGGCAUGAAGGUGUCGUUAGUCGUGGAGCCAAUGAAAUUUGUUCGAGUUUUUUAAAAGUGGUCACAUCUCGAAUAACAACAAAGAAAAAUAUUCAAAUGUGGUGUGACAACUGCGCUGGACAAAAUAAAAACAAAAUGUUGGUUUUUGUAAUGUUCUAUCUCGUAGCUACUGGCUGGUUUGAAAGUAUCGAGUGUUUAUUUUUGGUCUCUGGGCAUAGCUUCAUGCCCUGUGACCAAGAUUUCGCUAUGAUCGAAAAAAGAAAAAAGAGGGUAUCUUCCAUGGUCCCCUCAGAAUUAAAAGAGAUGAUCGAAGCAUCAAAAUUAAACAAUCCAUUCGAAGUUGUCGACAUUGAAGAUGGAGAUAUUGUAGAUUUAAACCUAACGGCAAAUCGAUUUCUGAAUACUACAAAAAUGGCUGCUAAUCGGGAUGAAAUAGAAAGAGAAACAGUUGAACAAAGUCAAUCUAGAAAAUGGUUAGAACCGAGAAGAUAUUUAUUAACAGCAUCCAACUUUGGACAAGUAAUAUCGUCUAGGCCGGAUACAGGCUGUGAAGGAAUUUUAAAAAGCAUGUUGUAUUCACCAGAUCUUGACACUAGAGCGAUGGAAUACGGACGAGAACACGAACAGGACGCGAAAAAAGAUUUAGAAUUAGCAUUAGGUAUUGAAAUAAAGGAGUGUGGUUUAUACAUUGAUUCCAAUAAUGUAUUCCUGGGAGCAACCCCUGAUGGAUUAAUUGGACAUGAUACUUUGGUAGAAGUUAAAUGUCCCUUUUCGGCAGCUGAUAUGGACCCAGAAGAAGCAAUAUUGAAUAAAAAAAUUACAUUUUGGAAAAUAAACAAAAAAAAAAAGAAAUAA